CAGCACUAGCUGUCCAGUCCUGUCAGUAAUCGCCACUUGAAAUGUGCCACCGCCGCCGCAGCAAGGAGUUGCACACAGUUUUAUUGUUACUGCUGUGUAUCAGCGACACGCUCGCCACGCUCAGUCUGCCGCUUUCAAAGCGCGAGAUGCCAGAAGGUGGCGCCGAGAGGGUGUUAUCGCGCAAGAGGCGUUAUGUAGCCUUUCCAGAGGGCUCUUCUUUGGCGGCCUCCAUUUGUAUGACCGUCGGUGUUAUUGGCAAUCCGAACACGGAAUGGCUGAGUUGGGCCGAAAAUUGGGGUGUGGCUUACGAUCUGCCCAAUUACGCUUGGGUGAAGGAGCAUACGCGUGGCUUUAAGAAAGACAUGGAUGCCAAUAAAACGAAAGCGAUGGCCAUGCGUCGCUCGAGACGUGAUUUAUUCGGCAAGCUCGAAACAAUUAUUGAGAACAUGGGCUUCACCGGACAUGAAUGCAUUGCUCGUGCACUUUGCGAGUCGUCGAAGUACUUGAAUGUCGAGAGUCAGAAGCGCGGGAAUAUGUUAACGGAAAUUGUAAAGACCGUAUUCAGCUUCCCAACUGAUCCAGUGUAUGAUGACGAACCGGAUAUAAUGCAUCACUAUGAUCGUAUAUAUAGAAGAGCACGUCGCGAGGUACUUGAUUGUAGUGUGGAGCAUUCGCAAUGCCGUUUUUCCUUAUUGGAAAUGAUCUUUGGCAAAUACUCCAUAACGCCAGCAAAAGAAAGCCCACAAUUGUUGUCGGGUCUGCAUAAAGGACGCGGCUUUAUGUAAAGUGAUUUGUUGUGUGUUAAAUUUAGA